GACAAAAUUAUAUUUAUAUAAUGAGAAUCUCGUCUUGUUCUCGGCGCUCAUUGUGAGCUCUUGGCGGGAAAGGACGCCGCCGCCACGCGAGGGUUUUCUAGGGUUUGGCGUCGAUGGCGGCCGGGGUUUGGCGGAGUUCCUUCAGAGAUCGUUUGUGCAAGGGGAUUGCAUCGAGAGUGUCUAAUGGACCUUGUAGGUAUUCGAGCACUUCCACAGCUUCCGGAGCUGGAGCUGGAGCGGGAGCGGGAGCUGGGGCUGCGGCUAAGGCUAAGAUCCCUCCGUCUGGAAAGAAGGGAAGGUUGCUGACUGGCUCCAUGAUAGGCUUAGCUAUUGCAGGAGGUGCUUAUGUGAGCACUGUGGAUGAAGGCACCUUUUGCGGGUGGUUGUUCAAGGCUACAAGAUUAGUGAACCCAUUCUUUGCACUACUAGAUCCAGAGUUUGCUCAUAACUUGGGUGUCUCAGCUGCAGCUCGCGGUUGGGUUCCAAGGGAGAAAAGGCCUGAUCCAGCAAUACUGGGUCUUGAAGUUUGGGGGAGAAAAUUUUCAAAUCCUAUAGGUCUUGCUGCCGGUUUUGAUAAAAAUGCUGAGGCAGUUGAAGGCUUGUUAGGUUUAGGAUUUGGUUUUGUAGAGGUUGGCUCAGUUACACCUAUUCCACAGGAGGGCAAUCCUAAACCACGCAUCUUCAGAUUACGAAAUGAGGGUGCUAUAAUUAAUCGUUGUGGGUUCAAUAGCGAAGGCAUUGUGGUGGUUGCAAAACGUUUGGGUGCUCAACAUGGUAAAAGAAAGAUGGAAGAAACUUCAAGCUCUUCAUCUUUGCCCAAGGAUGGGACAAAACAAGGGGGAAAAGCAGGCCCUGGAAUUCUUGGAGUCAAUAUUGGCAAGAACAAGACAAGUGAAGAUGCAGCUGCUGAUUAUGUUCAAGGAGUUCAUACUCUAUCUCAAUAUGCAGAUUACUUGGUUAUCAAUAUCUCUUCCCCAAAUACCCCUGGGCUUCGUAAACUUCAAGGUAGAAAACAAUUGAAGGAUCUUGUGAAGAAGGUUCAAGCUGCUCGUGAUGAGAUGCAAUGGGCUGAGGAAGGACCACCACCAUUGCUUGUAAAGAUUGCUCCUGACUUGACAAAACAGGACCUUGAGGAUAUUGCAGCAGUUGCUCUUGCUCUUCGCCUGGAUGGGCUGAUAAUUUCAAAUACAACAGUUUCAAGACCAGAUCCUGUAAGCAGGAACCCAUUAGCUCAAGAAGCAGGUGGUUUAAGUGGAAAACCACUUUUUGAUAUGUCCACCAAUGUUCUUAAGGAGAUGUAUAUUCUCACGAGGGGAAGGAUCCCCCUUAUUGGCUGUGGUGGUGUUAGUAGUGGCGAAGAUGCAUACAAUAAGAUUAGAGCUGGAGCAACAUUAGUUCAACUUUAUACAGCCUUUGCCUAUGGUGGACCAGCCCUUAUACCUCAAAUGAAGGCUGAACUGGCAGAAUGUUUGGAAAAGGAUGGUUUCGCUUCAGUUCAGGAAGCUAUCGGCGCAGAUUGUAGAUAGCCAGCGGCAAAUUACUCCAAGGUCAUAUAUUACAAAUCGACAAAUUUGCCGCAUAUCUUUAUUUAUUAUCGAUCAACUCUCAUAAGCAUGACGACCAUGCUCGGCUUUUCUUCUGAUAUGAAAGAAGAAGAAUACAUCAAAUUCCUCAAGCACAGCAAGUUGAGCUGAUUUCUUUCAAACUUUCUUCUCCAUUUUUCUUCCCUCUUUAAUGUUUUCACCUAUAAUACAAAUUUUGCUAUACUCACAUGCUGCGAAAUACACAAUAAAAAUCGUCGGUAUCUAUUUCGGAAUCUUGUAAAAUGCUUGAAUCAUUGUUAGGAGCUAGAGAUUUCAGUUUAUUUAUUGCAUAUCUAAACUGAUGUUGUUGUUUGUGCAUCUUGUCUAUGGCUGAUGUGGAUUUGGUAACA